AUGCCUCGUCUAACAGACUACCGCCUCCUCUCAUUUGACGUCUACGGUACCCUAAUUGACUGGGAAACCGGGACAUUGAACGGAUUUAAGCCCCUCAUGGACGUGAGCGGCAUUCAUCUAACCCGCACCCAAAUCCUGGAUGCCUAUUACGAGUGCGAGCGUAUUCAACAAAUCAAGACACCCCAAAUGAGAUAUGCCGACCUUGUCGCCACUAUUUACCCACAGAUGGCUGCUCGGUUGGGUCUGCCCGCGCCGACACUCGAGCAGAGCGCUGCUUUCGGCAACUCUGUGCGCAACUGGCCAGCGUUCCCAGAUACAGUGGAUGCGCUGAAGCGACUGAAAAAGCAUUUCAAGCUUGUGUGCCUGUCCAAUGUGGAUUUGGAUUCAUUCAAAGGCUCACUGGCUGGUCCCUUGGAGAAUUUCGAUUUUGACCUGGUGAUUACGGCUGAGGAAGUGGGUAGUUAUAAGCCUGAUCCGAGAAACUUCGAGUAUAUGCUGCGAGAAUGUAAGCAAAGGUUCGGCAUCCAGAGAAAAGAGAUUAUCCAGACAGCACAGAGCCAAUUUAAUGAUCAUCAUGCGGCGAGGAGCAUGGGUAUCCGCUCGAGCUGGAUAGUGAGACCCGGGUCGAUUAUGGGAAAUCUAGAUGAACAUGUUUAUGAUUGGAAGUUCAAUACAUUGGGGGAGAUGGCAGAUGCGUUGGAAACUGAACUACGGGUUUAA